GGACUUCCGGUUGAGUGAUGGAGGAGUGAGACGUGAUUGCGAUAGCUCUGACAUAUUUGUCUUUACUAUAACACAAAACUCAUGUAAAUCCGCUCUAAACAUCCUCGGAACGACAAAAAGAAACACACACAAGAGUAAUAUUUAGACCGACAGAGGAAAAGAUGUCAAAAAAGGGAAAACCCAAGAAAAACGAGGAACAAGAACUAGGCCCUGCUCAGUCCUCGGACUCGAGUGACACAACCCAGCCACCCGGUGAUAUGAACGACGACGCAGACCCUCCAAACCGUACAGUGCUAGCCGCUAUUGCUGCCUUACGAAGCGAAGUUGCCCAGAUUAAGGGUGAUAUAUGCUCGUCCAUAGAUGCACGAAUACAAACUGUUUGCACCGAACUAAGAGGCGAACUUGCCACAACUAAAAAAGAGAUUCAAACUUCCAUUACAGCACUUGAGGGAAACACAUCCUCGCACGAGAAAACUAUUAAAGACCUAGAGAGAUCAGCCUCACUCCAGUCCGACGAUAUUACUGCUCUCCAAAGUCAAGUAACGCGGUUGAAUUCUGAGGUGGAUAAAUUAGUCACUAAAUGUGAGGACUUAGAAGGAAGGUCAAGACGACACAACAUUAGAAUCAUUGGAAUCCCAGAAGGAGCAGAAGGAUCCGCUCCACACGACUUUGUCGCUGACCUACUGCAAGAAGUGCUAUCUCUAGAGGCGAAGCCACUUAUUGAUCGAGCGCACCGGACCCUCUGUAGAAGACCUGAUCCGCAAGAGCCCCCAAGACCCAUCGUCCUGAGACUUCAUUACUAUCAUGUGCUAGAGGGCAUACUACGGAAAGCCAUCGCGGCGAGACAACUCUUCUACGAAGGCAAGAGAAUCCAAAUCUUUCCCGACUACCCUCCGGCCGUAGCUAAGCGUAGGGCGUUAUUCAAUCGCGCCAGGGAGCUGUUACGAGACAGGCCCGGUGUGAAGUAUGGUCUGCUAUACCCCGCAAGACUACUGGUUACAUUCAACGGAACACAAACUUCCUUCACAGACGCCAAAAAAGCCGAAGAAUACGCCGAAGGACUGUUUGCUCCAAAACCGUCGACUUCGACAAAUGACAUGGAAUCUCAGGAAUAGUUUUUGCUCGCUGGCUGAUAAGCUUGAUGACUAACGCAUAACACAGCCUGCCAGAGUAGCCGUGCCUGUCUACUAACCUUAGCCUACAUAAUGUUCUUUGGAAUUAAGUUUCAGAGCUGUUAGAACUUAGAA